GCAUAUAUGGCGCGAAAGAGACAAAAUACUUUUGGCCGUUUUGGCAUGAAAUUGUAAUUCAAAUUGGACCUAAGUGUAGUGAUUUAAUUCAAAUUAUAAAGGCUCCCUGCUCGUUAACAUUUUUGAUAUACCUUGCAUUUUUGUUAUUCAAUGGUGUGCUCAAUAGGAGUCAUUGACGCUUGAUUUGCCAAAAACUGAAGUUGAAGAGCUUUUGGGCUUUGACUUCCGCUGGUCGUGUUGUGUCUCAGCUCCUUUCAUUUAUCUGGACACAUCUUCCAAAUGAAUAUUGUUUAUAAGUACAGUCGUCUCGGCCGCUUAGGAGUGAUAACAUCCUUCCAGUCCUACCAUGGUCAAAGACACCUUUCUGUGAAAAGCCACAGAAAUCUCCUGGAAGCAUAUGAAUCUGCAAAGAGACUUUGCUUUUCAAAGAAGCCACCUCCUGAUGUCAAUCCAAGAGCAGUGUUUGCUAACAAUGAAAUCCAUCUGAGAAAUGUCAGCAUUUAUGGCUUUGAUUAUGACUACACUCUUGCUCACUAUAAGCCCUCAAUGCACCAUCUUAUCUAUGACCUAGGGAAGAAAGCUCUUGUGGAAAAAUUCAAGUAUCCCAAGGACAUAGAAAAUCUCCGUUAUUUGCCGGAUUUCGCCGUGCGCGGCCUACACUACGACAUUCACAAGGGCCUUCUUAUCAAGGUGGACUCCUUCAACCAGAUUCAGCUGGGAUCGGUGUACAGGGGUCUGUCCAAGGUGUCCGAUGCAGAGGUCAUGGAGCUGUACGGCUCGACGGUGCUUCCCAUCAACUACAUCGAGCCGCCGCCGGGCAGACCGGAGGCGCGGAUGGUUCAGCUGGCCGACCUGUUCUCGCUGCCCGAGAUGUGUCUCAUGUGCCAGGUCACCGACCUCUUCAUCCAGCAGAAUAUCGACUUCCAGCCGGCCGUCCUCUUCACUGACGUCAGGAACGCCAUUGGCAGCAUCCACCCCCUGAUGCACGGCAUUGUCGGCCGCGACCCGGCCUACUAUAUGGAGGAGAGUCCCGACCUGGUGCGCUACCUGGACCGACUGGUGCAGCAUGGCAGGAGGCUGUUCCUCGUCACCAACAGCCCGUUCGACUUUGUAAAUCGAGGCAUGAAUUUUCUGGUCGGGGAUGAUUGGAGGGAUCGCUUUGAUCUUGUGAUUGUCGAGGCAAAGAAACCAAAGUUUUUCACCCAGUGGUCGUCUCCGCUAAGGCGAUAUGAUCUGGAGACAAAGUCGAAGACUUGGAGCCAGGUUACCAAGAUUGAAAAGGGAGAAGUUUACUGUGAGGGUAACGUGCGUCAGCUGCAGCAGCUGACCGGCUGGGCCGGCGGGAACGUGCUGUAUUUCGGCGACCACCCCUACACGGAUCUGGCCGACGUGCGACUCCACCACGGAUGGAGGACCGGCGCCAUUCUCUGGGAGCUGGAUCACGAGAUAAGCAUCCUGAACCGUCCGGAGUACAAGGAGAACAGCAACUGGCUGCAACAGCUACAGCAGCUGAUCGAGGGCGAACAGAACGAGCUGCGCCGACCCGAGAACCGGGCCGUGCUCGAGCGGUGGGAGGCCGAGCGUGAUCAACUCAGGCUGUACACCAAGACCAUCUUCAACCACCAGUUCGGCAGCCUGUUCCGCACGCACCACAACCCCAGCUACUUCUCCCGCCGGCUCUUCCACUUCUGCGACCUGUAUACGUCGAGCAUCUCCAACCUGCUCGACCUCCACCCCUCGCACGUGUUCUUCCCGCGGCGCGGCGCCCUGCCCCACGAGUACCGCUCCAUGUUCGUCUAGACACCGCUGACGUCAUCAGCAGCCUCCAGUGACGUCACUGACGCCCGCUGCGUGAGAACGACGCUCGGGAGAGGCAUGAGGAGGGUGUUUGGAAGUACGUCACGAAAGAACUAGUUUCAGUCAAAACUUGUGUCAAAAGAGUUUGUGAUGGAAAGUCUGAUGUGGACACUGGACAGGUGUAUUGUGUACAGAACAGCUGUAGAUGUCGCCGAGAGGUACCCAGAGCCGUCUAGUCACGAGUUCACAGGGAUCAGGGGACUGUCCGCCGUGCUCUCCGUAUUGGUUAGCAGGGAGUGCGGCGGUUAUAUCAUCAACACCACAAACAACAUGACGGUAAAAACUGAAUGAGAUUAGGUUUGAGAUUAUGGUCUCAUGUUUCGAGGAUACAGCUGAGGUACUUUCUAAUUGCUUGGUAAACAUUUCACUUUUUCGGUGCUUACCGCUCUCAAAGACUGUUUCGUUUAGAAGGUAGACCUGGGCUCGAACCUGGUUUGGAACGCCUCAUUUGCCUCGUGCUGCUACCUAUAAAACUACUUAAUGUGUGGUCUUGACCUCUGAAAUUAUCAUUCAAAUCAUUAACACUUUUUUAUGAAUUGUAUCAAAAAUAAAAAAACGCAUUGAAUAGCAAAGUAAGAGAAAAGAAUCAGACAGCAAAAAAUAAAACACUCUGCAUGAAGCCAGACCUCCACUUGUGGCCCUGUUGAAAUAUGAAAAUGCCGCCGGAACUUGUUCAGAUCUACUCUCACUGCGUCUUCUGGCCCUAAGCAGCUUAGAGUGACGUAAAGCGUGACUCCACAAUUGUCUCAUCUCAGCCCGUUUUAGCGAGUUUCGGUCGGUGUUUUCCCAAAGACACGAUAAGUCGUGUUGAAGCCGCUAUCAGAUCCCAGCGGCUGUGUUUUCGGUUUCCGCUCGCAGAAAUCUCCUGAAAAAGAAAACGGACAAUAGUCGGCUACCAUCUCAGUGGUGGGAUUACUUAGCUCCCUCGCAGGUUCCGUUGUGAUCUUGACCGAUAUGUAAUCUGUCUGUGCUAGAGAAGGGAGCGUCUUACGAUGUGGUGAUACUGUAACAGUGCCAUUGCAGAACUAUGCGCAGUUUCUCGUCGAUAUUGGUGUUCAUUCACAAGUCAUCGUCGUAAUAUUCAGCUAGCCAGCAUUGCCACCGAACGAGCUUUGUGAAAACGGUGUAGUUGCGGGUGUAUUAUAUCCACUUUCAGUCGUUCCCACGAUGGAAGAAGCGUAAUUGCUGUUCACCAAACUUGUUUUAUGAUCGUAUAUGUAAUAAUAGCUCUUUGCAUGUCCGCUAAAUUCGGCGACCCCGAAUCGAUUCGAUCUUUACGCCUGGUUGUUCCGCGCCGGCCGGUCGCCGGUCCCGGAUCGGUUGUAUCCUGUCCGAUAUCCGCCACCGCCCGCCGGCUCCGGCGGCUGGCGGCGCCGCAGACCGCAGAGCACGAGACGUCUGCGCUCGAUAAACCAUCAGCCCAGUGACGGCUGGAGUUGGUGACGUGCCCCAGCUGACGUCAGGGUCACCAGUUGACGUCACCAGCUCUGUCCGCUUCCUGCCGCGGCCACUAUCGGGCCCCCACAGUCCCAGUAUUCGACAUGCGACUUCCACAUGUAUCCGCUGCCGCUGCGGUUAACAUGGCGUUUUUUGAUGGUGUUGUCAUGUGCACUGAUCUGAUAGCCGUUUUGUCGUACAGAUAUCCGUUUUCGAGGCAUAUUGAAGGGCGUCGAUUCAUGUAUACAGUGCGAUUAUUUUGCAGUCGUGUGUUAUCACUCGAACGACCUUAGCGAGCGAGCUCCUGCCACUGUGUGAUUUAGAUUCGUUUUACGCAAAAGCGUUUGAUGUGCUUUCAUAGCCAUUUGAUGAAUUCGGUAUACCGUUAAACCUAGUUAGAUAGUAGAUUCGGCCGUCUUGUGUGCUUUGGUGUGGUGUUUGGUUUUGUAUUCAGGGAGAAUGCUGCACUGUGUGCACUUACAGGAAGGUUUAUUUGUGUGAUUUAGAAUCGUUUUUGCGAGUUUCGUAGUUGAUUCUAGUCACAAAUGGAACUUUUUUACAACUAGGAUGGCAUUUAGUCAGUUUUUGUGGCAAUAUUUUUUGUAGGACCAUAGUGUUUUUGCAUAGCAUUGCAGUUGUUUUAGUUGCAUGCCAUGUAUUUUAUUCAUAGCCUAGCCAUACAUUGGAAUAAGCGCCGGGGGUGUGUCGUUGUCCAUUGUCCAUGGAGUGUGCAAUAUAUGCUCAACGUCCAAGU